AAAUUAAGGAAGUACCCGUCAAUAUGAAAUCAUGCAUGUAUUUUUUAUUCUUACUUUUUCUCCUUUAUAUUUUCAUACUACAUACAGACUAGUAUAGUAUACUAUAUACUUUAGUAUAGACUAUACCAAUAUCAGCCCCUGGAGACUGCUGGUAGAGACCUGAAAAUUGCUUAUCAAGAGAAGGGUCUGUACCCUAAUUAUGACCAUGCAAGUCAGUGAUGUUGAUUUACGUAGUUGGUCAUUGAAGACCCCACUGCACCCGAUGAUAAACUUAUCCAAUACACUUCCAAGUCAUGUAUGCAACAGUUGUAUCAAACAAAUUGAUGAUAUAUAUAUCUUCCAUAAAAUAAUCAGUGAUAACCAAAAACGAUUACAAGACUUAACAACCAAGAGCCAAGCACUAGACUUCUUCAAUGGAUGUGUCACAACUGAAGUAUUAAUAAAAGAAGAAAAAGAUGCUACAGAAAAUUCAGACAUAAAUCAAGAUAAUUAUGAUAACCAUUUGUCCGAGGAUGAAGUAAGUUUAUUCACUUUAAAACAAGAGAAGGAGCAGACCAAACCAAAGACGAAGAACAAGAAACUCAAGAGAAAUAACAAAGAGAAGAAACCGGUACGAAUCAAACAGAAGUAUGAAAGUUAUACUUUUAAAUGUUUAAUGUGUUUACAAAAUUGUGACUCACAAAUCGAUUUAAAGAAUCAUUAUUAUAAACAUUCUUAUGAAGGGAAUGAUAAAGACCAAGAGAAUGAAUGUGAUAUCAACAGAGGGAGUAAUGAAAAGACUGAGAAAUGUAUAGCGAAGUUAGAUAAUGAAAGCAAAUGUAAAUGUGAAAAUAUUGAUAAUUGUAAAUGUUUAAGAAAAGAUGUUGAUAAAAUCAAAGGGUUGGAUAAUAAGCCAUUCAUUUGUAAAUUGUGUGGUAGAACUUAUAGAACCGUGUACGAAAUAAUGUGUCACGCCCGAGCCCAUGACGGGCCAAAGCUGCACUGUUCGUUUAAAUGUGGCUUCAGCACUGCUUACAAGGGUGCGUUGAAGGAACACGAGAGACGACAUGGGAAUCCUGAUUAUAAGUACACAUGCGAGUCGUGCGGUAAAGGAUUCCAUGUCAAAACCUGGUACUACCAACAUUUAAAUGUUCAUAACGGUCUCAAACCUUUUGUGUGUGAUAUUUGUGGGGUUGGUUUUCACAUGGACAGGUAUUUAUCUGCACAUCGGAGUAAGGUCCACAAAAAGUCCACUUCGACGAAACGCCAUAUUUGUGUCAAAUGUCUUUUACCUUGUGACAGUAGAGAUAGCCUCAAAAGGCAUAUGGAGGAGCAUGGCAUAAAAACAUCAUAUUUAUGUGAUUUAUGUGGUAAAGUGUUUGCCAACGCGCAACAUUUGAAAUGUCAUAAGAACAUACACUUGGGGGUCAAGCCUUACAGCUGUAGUAUUUGCAAGAAAUCGUUCGCAAAGAAGUUCAAUCUUGGCAUACACGAGCGCACACACACGGGCGAGCGGUCUCACGCGUGUCAUAUUUGUGGCAAGUAUUUUGUGCAGCGUAGCACGCUGUCCAGACAUAAUAGAAGACACCAUCCAGAGUUGAACAAAGGUGCCAGUUUACCUGAAGCAGUACCAACUACCUGACAAAAAUUGUACUAUAAAUAAAAUUUACCGCCAUUUUUAAUUAAUUAUGGAAAAUAAACUAUUUGCU